AGCUAUCCUCCUUUCCUCUCUCAUCGUCAACUAUCACAUUCGAUCCUGGUCACAGCAUCUUUUUACCUCAUUCUCUCGCUCUCUCAUUGACAGCAUCACCUGCACAUUUAUACAUACAAAUACAGAAGCGGCCACUCUUUCUCUACAUCUCUCUCUCUUUCUCUCUCUCUCUCUCUCUCACACACACACACACACACACACACGCAAGCAUGCUCUCCUGCUAGCAUUCAGGGCGAUGCAGGAGCGGCAGAAGCAGCUGCUCCCACACAUUGCGUGACGAAUACACACCGAAAAGGCAGGAGAAAAGAAGGAGGAGGAGGAGGAGAAGAAGAUUAGGAGGAAGGGAGGGAGGAGGAGGAGAGGAGGAAGAGACAGAAGAGGAGGACACAACUCUGUCAAAAGGACACCGGAGGACAGGAAAAGGAGAGGAGGACGAGGAAGAGGAGAAGGGAAGGAGAGCAGAGGAGACGGGUGUUGCAGCCAUGUCAGACGCACCUCUGCAGAGGAACGGCAUAGCAACAGCACCGAUGUCGUGUGAGGAGGCUCAGCUCCACAAAGAGAGGCUGCAGGCCUUGGCGGAGAAGCGAAAACGGCAAACUGAGAUUGAAGACAAAAGAAAUCAGCUCGAUGACCUGGUGCUACAACUACAGCAUCUCAAGUCCAAAGCCAUGCGUGAGCGAUGGCUCCUCCAGGGAAUGGGGGUGGAGGAAGGGGAGGCACGGCGGAAACAGCUGGAACGGGAUGAAGAACAAGGAAAGAGGCUGGAAGACAUGAUACAUAGGCUGGAGUCUGAAAUCGGUGCACUUGAGAGUGAAGAGUCUCAGAUAUCAGCCAAAGAGCAGGUUCUACGGGAACGUCUGAAAGAGACAGAGCGCUCGAUAGAAGACCUGCAGAAGAGUCUAAUGACCCAGGAUGGAGAUGCCACCGGCUGCAUGUCUGCCUCUCUCUCGGACUGCACCGACCCUGACCACCUCGUCCUGGCCACGCAGCCCCGGACCAGCCCACCUGCGUCUGGAGAGCACGCCAUACCAAGACCUGCAAUGUUUGCCAUGGAGAUCAACGUGCAGCAUGACCCGCAGACCGGCGAGCAGCGCAUCCUGUCAGCCAACCGCGUGAGCCCGCUGGAUGCGGCGUCGCGCGGCAUCAAAGUCUACGAUGAUGGCAGAAAAGUGGUCUAUGAGGUCACUUCCUCUGGGGGUGUGUCCACCACCACCGUGGAGAACGGUUGGAGCUCUGCGCAGGUUGACCAGCUGAUCCAGCGAGCUGCCAGACCUGUAGUACAAGGAGGAGAUGGCAGCAGGGGUGAGGAGACGGUGACCCCAGCUGCCCCGCAGGCCUAUGUUUCCCCAGUAGAUGUUGAUGAUCUGUCUCCGCCCUCCUGCGCCCCGCCAUCCAUCCCUUCAAGCCCACCAGCCCAGGUCACCCUCCAGAGGGAGACCCGGCUUGGCAUGAUGCCCCCCUCUGCUCCCAUUACGACCCAGCCCGGCUCCUCAGCCCACCCAGGCAGCGAGCUCACCUCCCCACCCCAAGCCAGCGCAGAGCACCCAGUCACCAUGGUGUUCCUCGGCUACCAGGAUGUUGAGGACAUGAGCGAGAGUAGGCGGCUGCUAGGUUUUGACGGCACCGUGAAGGCCGAGGUGGUCCUGAUCGACGAAGACGACGAGAAAUCUCUGAGAGAGAAGACGGUCACUGACCUAUCCAUCAUCGACGGCACGGCGGCUGACCUCGUGUCCGGGCGGCCGGCCACAUCUGAGGCCGCCAGCACGGAACUGUCAUCUGACGGCCGUGAGCCCGACAGCGCAUCCUCACCCCCCGCGAAUCCUGACGCCAACACGGCCCCGCCACCCGGCCUCACCCCUGCCACAGACUAUGGCCAAACACCAGGGGUUACCGUGACAACAGCAAAUGGGUAUCAAGCUCCCAUUCCGACCAGACAUCCUCACACUGCCAUGAAACCGUGGCGGGCAGCCGAGGAUGUCAGUGACACAAUACCAAGAGAGCGAGCCCUGAAGAGUGUUAGUUUCCAGGAAUCGGUCAGCGUUAUCACUGACAGGCCUGCAGCCAUGGAACUGGAGAGCCAGCAGAUUCAACAUGGCUGCCUCAGCAGCCCCAGUAACCGAGCCCACAAUGCAGUUGGUGUAAAAGUAGAGACUCCUGACAGUGAGGUGGUGCAGGAAAUCCGCUACUUGGACCAGGUUUUAGACGCCGCCUCAGAAACACCCACCAACGGAAACUCUUCUCCGUCAGAACACACCAAACCAAUCUGCAUCGAUGGAAACUCUCCUUCUGUCUGCGUGUCAGCCUCCUCUCCUGUCAAGCACCAAUCAAUUGUUGUGGAGGGGCAGAGACAAACCACGCUCCUCCAUCAGGAGGAUUCUGCUGUGAGGACCAACGGGCAUGUGCAGGGAGAGGAGUCGGGACGCAACGGGGCGAAGUUUGAGCUGAGAGCGUUUCAGGAGGAGAGACGGCCAGCGAAACUCUUUUCCCCCGGAGAGGGGCAGCAGGUCAGGGUGACGAGGAGACGACCCACAGAGGAGGUUGAGGAGCUAGAGCGUGAGCGUCAGGAACUGAUCAAAGACCAGGCAGUGAAGAAAAACCCUGGGAUCGCCCAGCGCUGGUGGAACCCUCCUCAGGAGGUUCCUUUGGAAGAACAGCUGGAUGCAGAGCAGCUUGAAUCUCUCAAGAAAUACCAGGAGAGGAAACAGCAGAGACAGAAUCCUACUUAUACAUACACACAGCCGCAGGUGUCAGGUCCUCCCACAAUGGUGACCUUUGACCCGGAGCUAAACAGGAAGGUGGACAUUGUGGAGGAGCAGAUCGACUUCUCGUCUGCCAGGAAGCAGUUUCUCCAAGGGGAGGCAACCAAGAGGGACGUAGCACCUCACAUAUACUCCGCCAAACCCUUUUCGAAAUCCAUAACUCGGGGCAGCCAGGGGAGCAGUGACAUUGUUGCAGAAACCGGAGAGGGUCACGUGACCUGGUCAGAUGAAGGAAUUGCGGGAGAGUUUACUUCUGCACGAGCUGUAAUGACAAUCCUGCGUGAAGAGGAUGAAGGGAAGAGCCAUUUCCACCCAUCUUUUCACCCUGAGGAGUCUGACUCAGGAUUAGACGACUUAUCUGUCCGUUCUCAGGACACUACUGUGUUUAGCCUGGAUAAUGUUUCUGACAGCGGGACUUCGCUACCACCUACUCCGCUGCCACUCACCCCGGUGUCACCACCUACCCCCCAGCUCACCACGCCAGUCAAUGGGCAAACCGGUGACAGUCCAAUAGAAGACGAGCUGGAGUACCACGCAGGGGUACUUGUCCAAAAUGCCAUCCAAAAUGCCCUGGCAGCUCAGAAUGGAGGGGAGUGGCAGCCAUCUGACUUGAAUUCUUCACAACUGAGCACCCCUGUGUCUCCAUCCUCAGCUUCUACAAGUAGCCCAGUGCCAGUUUCUUCUUCUCCUGUGUCUUCUGGUGGAGCUCCCAGUCUCCAGUCACCUGUGUCCUCCAGUCCUGCUCCAUCCAACCUCUCCCCUCAGCCAGAAAGACGGCCAGAGGUAAGAGUCAUUUACCAAGAGCAGCCUUCCGAAUCACAACAGGCUCUGCAGCAGCAGCAGCCCUCCAGUCCAGCACAGCAGCCACAGCUCCAGACGCCUUCUCCGCCUCCUUCUCAGCCCAUCUCGCCACCACAGAGGCCCAAAGAUGGAGGCCCCAGGAUCAAAAUCCAGUCCUCCUAUGCCAGAGCGCUUGCCUCCUCAGCCCCGGCUCCGGCUCCAGCUCCAGCUCACACCCCUGCCGCAGCAGCUCCAGUUCCCCGGCCAACCCCAGUCUACCGCCCCCCUUCUCCUCCAAGCCCGGAGAAACCAGAGUUCAGCUACUUCAGUAAAUACUCAGAGGCGGCUGAGCUGCGUAGCACAGCGGCAGCAGCACGAGCCCCUGAGGUUGAGCCGGCCAGCGGCCCGUUCCGCCUGCGCUCCAAGAAGCAGCGAACUUUGUCAAUGAUCGAGGAGGAGAUCCGAGCAGCUCAGCAGAGGGAGGAGGAGCUGAAGAAACAGAGGGAGACGCAGCCUGUUGUUAUUGUCCGCCCCAGCAACGCUUCCAGCAGCAGUCAUGGUCACAUGAGGACGGGGAUGCGGCAAACCACCAUUUCCCCAGCAGAUAAGAUGAAGAGCAACAGCCUGCCAGCUAGACUCACACUGACAGCGAGGACAGCACCGGGAAAGAUCGAGAAGGUUCGACCUGCACCGCCUGUCUCACCCUCACCCUCAGAAGGAGCCCUGUCUGACGCCGGCAGCGAGGACUCUGGAGGAUCACGACCCAAAAACUUCAUGCAGACACUUAUGGAAGACUAUGAAUCACACAAGGUGAAGAGGAGGGAGAAACUGGAGGACAACAGCUAUGCCCGUUUGUUGCUGGCUAACGAGGUAACCACCGAGGUUCUGGAGGCCACUCGUGUCACCAGGAGGAAAAGCGACAUGGCACGGAAGUGGGAAGCCGGUAUCUACGCCAAUGAGGAAGGAGAGGAAGAAGAAGAAGAAGAAGAGGAGGAAGAAGAGGAGGAGGAGUAAACAGCUCCUUUCAGAGACAGUUAAGGGGCUGAGUGGAAAGGAGGAGGAAGAGGAGGCUAAAGAGACUGAAGGAAAAAUGCAAACAGGAGGAGAGGAGGGGGAGGAAGCAAGGGAUAAAGGAGAAGGAAAGGAAACAGUAUUUAUUUCACUAAUAGUAUUCUGAUGAUCACAUGACCCACUGGCUUGACCAAUGGGGCUCAUUGAAGAAAUGCAUCAAGUUGUGGUGUUUGGACCUGAGGAUUGAAGGCGCAUCAGUAUGUUGAGUGACUGAGUAUGUGAGAGACAUUUGAAGUGUUGAGGUGAGUUAGGAGAGAAAAAGGUCAGUGAUGCUAGAGACACUUUGAAAGGGUUUUAUGGUGGUUUAAGAGAAGGAUUAAAAGGUUUUUACUAGUCGGUAGACGCUGAAUGACUUAUAUAUUCAUAAGAUUUUUCAUUUACCUGAAAUUUCGUUAUUGAAAUAUGGUCUAAAGAUCUAAAGAUUUUAUUUUGACAGGUUGCCUGAGACUUCUUGAUGAUGGUUUUGGCAACAGGUGCUUGAUAAUGAUCCCAAUCAUCUUCAAAAUGUGUGGAAAGCUUUUCAUUACCAACAGGAAAAAACAAAAAGCAGGAGUGUGCAGAGUGACUAUCAAGAAACUUCUGACUGAAAGCUGAUACACUCAGACAUCAUUUCUGUAAUUUCAGAAUUAUUUUUACCUGGAUUUGAUGAUGAUGCUGCAGGAAUGUUUACCAGAAACCAGUCACUUUCAGAACCCGUUAAGUUUCAACUUCUGCAUCCUGCAGUGCCACAGUACACCACAGUACACAUAUACCACACAUAUGACAUGUUGGUGGGAGCUUUCGCAUUCCUUUCAAGCAUCUGUAUAAAAUCUUAAGUGCCGAUUUGAGUGUCAGCAUUCUUGAACUGUUGAAUGCUAGUGAGGAAAUGUGCAUGAAAGGUUCAACUUUGCCUUAGACCGUUAGUAAUUGUUGGAUGCACAAUAUGUAUGAUGUAUUUUAUCUUCUCUUAUUCUGUAUUACUACAGUUUCAGUAGACCUUAGAGAAAAUACACAACCACAUUAGAUAGAAAGUCUGUCUAUAAAACACUAUUUCAGUGACUUCAUGUCUAUUAAGUGCAGUAAGUUGAGACAAGAGGCGACCGACGGGGAAGAGGGAAGCUAACUGCGGGUCAUGUUUGCGUCAGUGUGUGUAUUAAUUAAAGGGCUGGUUCGGGGGGUUUGUAUUCUAAAAAUCACUUAUUUUACCUUUGCUGGCUACGUCGCUUUGUUGACCUGUGCUUUCUGAUGUAAGCAGUCGUUUCAUGUAUUAUACUGAGGUAGGACUGUGUAUUUGAUGUAUGAACAUGUAUGUUGAGAUUCCAGCGGGGCAACUGCCUUGUAUCUACUUAACCUUGCUAGCUGAGGAUAAUGUUUGAUGAAAAAUAUUGAAAAAGCUUUUUAUAAAAAGUUGUUAUACCAAAACAGAAUGUUGUUAUUUAGUCAGCCUACGCUCUUACGUCUAUUUAAGAAGUACUGAUUGUGUGCAUGAAAUUACACUCCUUUCCUAACCUAAAACAAGCACACAACAAGCAGAGAAAAGAAGGCAACUGACUUUAUUAUAUAUGUCAAUAACAUAACAAGGGGAGAUUCGUGAGUUGGGGGUGUCAGUUUUUUUACUAAAUAUAUUGUGAGCUUUGAUUUAGCAGGAUUUUCUGUUUUGUUAAAUGAACGAAAUGCAGGCCUCUAUGAAUGUGGUGAUUCUGUGGAUUGUCCAGGUGUAGAAAACAAGGUUCAGCUUCAGGAUUCAAAAAACAGUAAACACACUGAAACAUAAUCGGAAAAAUCCCUGGAGCCUACAGGACUGUUUUUGUAUGAGAAUUCAAAGUAGAAAUGUGUCAGCGUGGCCGAAGAAACAGUAUUUGUGAACCACUUUAACUGCAAAGUAGCAAAAUGAUUCUGCUUCUCAGUGUUUGUUAGCUUGUUUAUUGAAGCCUUUGAGAUUUUUUUUUCAGCAUUAGGAUGUCAGGAGGAUGUUGAGAAAGAUUUCCCUCUAAACCACAGGUCACAGUUUUGAUCACCGCAUCUGCUAGCGUGGCCUGUUCAAGUGUCCUUCAGCGAGGCGCUGACCUUCACCGGCUAAAAUCCUCAGCUAAAUGCCUGAAAUAUAAAUGUACACUGAGGUAAAAUUGCACAAAAUAUAAAGAACUGUGGGACACAUACUAACCCUUGACAAUAACGACUCUCUAUUAUAUUUAUUGGGACAGUCCCAUCCUGAGUGCAGGACAAGUCUCUCUUAGCAACUUAUCUUACUUGGCUGUCUGUGAUAUGCUCUCUGAGGGGACCACAGUGCCACUAACACACAUUUAAAGGACUUGUGUCCCUUUUUUGCGGUGCAGCAGAAAUGGAAGUGUGUUACAGAUACCACAAAUGCAACGGAGGUACAGUGUCAUUGCUGCUGAUACGAGAUUAAUUUUGCCACAAGAGUUAAGGGACAAACGAAAACAGCCAGUUGGGCUGCGACAGGAAGACAAACUGUUAUUCUACACACACACACUGUGUAUCAAAUACACCAUCAAAUACACUACAAUGCCUUUGAAAUGGUAACAGACAUCAUGCCCAUGCAGAGGAGUUGUAAUUGUGUGAUAUAUUAUUAUUAUUAUUAUUAUUAUUAUUAUGCUUUUGUUGUUUGAAUUCAUGGUGCAGAGAUGAUUUAUUUAUCAUUUUUAAAUGCUGGUAGCUUGUUUCGGCCUGCAGAAGCGCCAGCUUCAGUGUGGGACUCACGCUGUCUGUGAGUGAUAAAGCAAUCUUAUUCUACAGUAUACAGUAUAACCUCUGUUCCUAUGUUAACCACUUGUAUGCUCAUACUCUGCUUUGUUAUUUUAUAGCACAUGUAAGGCGCACAGUUAUACACCUACUACACAUAUUAUGAAUAUUUUCUCAUUAAAAACAAAACCUGUAAA